CCCGAGCGCCUAUCCUUGAGCCUAGUGAAGGCUAUGCCACAACCGAGGAGGAGCUAGAGGCCUUAAGGGCGAUGGUAGAGAAGCAUAAGAAGGAUCAAGAGCUUCUUCGGCUUCGUGAACUGAAGUCCCGUAUCGAUAGGGGGCUUCCGAUCGAGGAUCUACCGCCAGAAUCUUCCGUUGGGACCCAAAAGGCCCUAAGGGAGACCGAGAUCCGCCUCGCCAUGCCAAAGGCGUCCAACCUCACCCGGUACAAGGGGACAUCGAAGCAACAGUGGCGUGAAUGGUACGCUGACAACGAAUCGUAUCACACGCCUAUCUGGAACGACCCCGCAAAGAUCCAGUUAGGUCACCAGAACUGCAGCUUCAACCAAAAGGACCGUUGGACCCGUUACGUGGAGACGAAACGACGGGAAGAUGGGGAAUAUGAACCGACAUGGGAGGAGAUGAAACAAUUUAUGCUUGAAGCCCUUGGCGGGCUAGAACAACGACAAAAAGAUGCUCGUCUGAAGCUUAAGCAUAUCUCACAGAACGGACGAGAUCCAACAACUCUCCUUACGCUCAUGGAAGCGGAAUGGGAAGAACUGGAUUAUCCUGAACAGGAGAAGGUGCAUCAGUUAUACGCUGCACUCGAUCUCAAAGUCCGCGACCGUGUCGAUUUGAAAGCAAACUUCCCUAAGACGGUUUCCGAACUCGAAAAUCUUGCGAAAGAUGCCCAUCGGUGGGUAACCGAAACCGAACCGACCGGGAGCAAGCGAAAACGGUCGAAAGGUGACGAUAAGGAGUAUAAAGGGUCGAAAAGGAACAAGUUCAAGAAGUUCAAGGGCGAGAAGCCAGAACGAGCCGACGACAAGCCGGACAGGGACAACAAGUUCAAGAAGAAGGACCCUUGGUGCCAUACGUGCAAGAAUCACGACCACUGGACGCGUAAGUGCCCCAAAAACGCCGAUAAUGAUAACGUGGUCGGCGCAGUCACCUUUGAGGACGGUAGGAACCGACUCCUCAUAGAUGUGAACCUGAAGGGCCCGAAGGGGUCCGAAGAGGUUCCAGGGCUAUUCGAUACGGGCUGUGAGAACACUCUCCUGUCCCAACGAAUAGCCGAUGCGAUGGGGUUGGCCAUUGAGCCUACUCCAUCGAUGACUGCGAAGUCAAUCAACGGUCAAAUUGUGCCCAUUUUGGGGAAAUGCACCCUAGCCAUAGGAGUAAAGGACUCUUAUGAGUCGCUCCGUACUGGCGAGGUACAAUUUUGGGUCGC